AUGGACGCUGACUUGUAUGAUGAAUUUGGCAAUUAUAUAGGCCCUGAUCUUGUUUCUGACGAAGAUGAGGAGGAUAUUGAAAGUGUUCAUGAUGAAAUCGAUGAACUUGAAGAGGGUGAUUCGGCUUCCGUACCUGCAGAUGGAAAUGAAGAAUCGCUUGCAGUAAGCAUUAAUUGUCCUUGUUUACACCUACAGAUAGUACUUCACGAAGAUAAAAAAUACUACCCGAGUGCAAUAGAAGUGUUUGGACCUAAUGUAGAGACCUUAGUCCAAGAAGAGGAUGCUCAACCCUUGACUCUUCCAUUAAUAGAACCAAAAAAACGAAAGAAAUUUGCCUAUAAAGAAGAGUUUAUUCCUCGUACAACAUAUAAUUUUGAAUAUCUAACUGACUUGAUGAAUUAUCCAUUCUUUAUUCGCAAUAUUACAUUCUGUGGUCACCUUCAUCAUGGAAAGCUACGUUAUACCGACUUCCUUAGAAUGGAAGUAGAAAGAGGCAUCAGCAUUAAAUCCACUCCCGUCACCUUGUUACUUCCCGAUCUCCGGGAAAAAACCUUUCUUUUUAACAUAUUUGAUACACCAGAACUAGACCUUGCAAAUUUGACGUUGGUAUUGUACAAAUUAUUCGUGCUUCACCCACCUCAUGUAGGGUUUAAACUUGUGGCUUCUCUAUUUGAGUUUUGUGCUGGUCACGUAAAUUUUUCUGACGAAGUUACUGCUGCUUUCAGACUGAGUGAUGGUAUAUGCCUUUUUGUCGAUGCAAGUGAGGGUGUCUUAAUGAAUACGGAUCGUCUCAUCAAGCAUGCUCUUCAGGAACGGUUACCUAUUACAUUAUGUGUGAAUAAAAUCGACCGCCUUCUUUUAGAGCUGAAAUUACCGCCCUCUGAUGUAUACUAUAAACUUAAGCAUGUGAUCGAUGAAGUCAAUACUCUGAUAAUGACGUACGCCGAGGGGAUUGCUGAUAUUGCAAAAAUAUUUCUGAUGAACUCUCGGUUUCAAGCAUUUGCUAUGUCGGUUCGCGAAGCAAGCACCUUAGUUCUAAUGCGACUUAUUUAUAAUUAUUUUUGUGUAAUCUCUAUAAUGUCUUUUUUGUUGGCAGGCAAAAGUUCAGAACCAUCAGCUGCCGUCAGUCCUCGCCUUGGAAAUGUUUGCUUUGCCAGUUCAUAUUACCGGUUUUCAUUUACUUUGGAAUCAUUUGCAAAGAUCUAUUCGGAAACCUAUAAUUUUGAAGUAGAUACUAACGAAUUUUCCAAGCGGCUCUGGGGCGAUGUUUACUUUAAUCCCAAAAGGUAUACUAUUUUACUUUUUUAA